AUGACAUCCUUUAUUAUUUUGUCGCCCUUCCCUGGACAAUUCUUCCAUCCAUCUUCUUCAUGCUUCUCAUUCGUCCUCCUUUCUGGACUUGAUUUUUUUUCGCUCAAACUUCAGGUUAACCAAAUUGCCACACUGACGGUCAAAUUCAACUGGGCUAACCAGUUAGAGACAUACAAGAAACCAUUGUCCCGUAACCUCCUUCUAGAGAUCGUCUAUAACCCGGACUUUCAGCCCACCAUGUUUAACGCAUCAACUGGGAGCCCCACCGGCACAGAUAGUUCUGUAAAUUCAAUCAGUGUUGGUAGCGAAGAUCUUCCACGGAAUUCUGCAAUUUCGCCGUUACGACUGACCUAUAAUGGGUGA